GAGACAAUGGCACCUAAUUGCAAAAUGAAAUCCGCGGCUAAUAUGCCCUUUAUAUUCUAAUUGCCUUCGCAGUAACGAAGACCCAUCUAUUGAGGCGAUUCCUAAACGAAGAUUUCAUCCUUGGAUGCGAAACCUUGCGUCGCUCGUCGGCGUUUGCGAUCUUUAGAUGUGUACUUGUGAAAGCUUUGUCGACGGGCGCGAAAGGGAAGUAAAUUUGAAGUUUGGCAAGGAAAAUCAUCGCGUGAAAGGUAGUUAUAAUUUCCGAUGAGUACGAGCUACAGACUGCGUGUUUGUCACUUCUUGUGUGUUGAAUUCGGUCCGAUUGAAUUUGCUUCAUUGUCCUUGUUGCGAUUGAUUUUCUAAAAGAUCACUUAUCGGUUGAACGCUUCCGAACCAAAAAUCGUAUUUUACAGGGUUGAGUGAUAUUCCCGGGAAAUUUAAUAUUGCCUGCGGAAAAUUUGGGCUGCGAUUGUGUGCAGUCGAGUACAUUGGUUCUCGUUCGAUCGUGUUUUUUUCUUAAUCUUUUGGGAAUUAGGGGCUGUUUUUUUUCGGUGCUGGUACGUCAGUCGAAGUCUUACUCAACAGGUGCGAAAAAUUUACAAUUUACGGUGUGAAGCACCACUAUAAUUUACAGAACAAUGUACUUUUUUGCGUAGAUUUUAUUUUCACCGAAUCGUGGCGUGUGUAAGGUUUUGUUUUCAACCGCGUGACCAUGCUUAUUUGUUCGUGUAAGUCCGAAAGAAAAGCCUUAAUUCAAGUGAGUACGUAAACCUUAAUUCAGCACUGCGAGAUAGUUGAGUUGUUUCGUUGUAGAGACACGUACUUUUGAUCGUAGAAUUCAGCGCAUGGUUCAAACUCGUAAGUCAGUCGACACAUGUGGUAUUUUACAGUUUAUUGUAAAAAUCGAACAUUUUGUAUAAGGUUGCCCUGCAUGUGGUGAUCAACAUUAAAGAAGUUUUUAUAAAAACCAAAUACAAUUUUUUCUUAAAUAGAUGUCUAUGGAACUUUGUUCCUACGGAGUAUCAAAUAUUCUAUAAUUUUUUGUUUGAUGUCUUUGUGCUCGAGUUACUGAAUUCGCGUGAAAAUUAUAUUUUCAAGUUAUUUAUACAUAUGGACACUGGUGUAAAUAGAGUGGCAAUUUUUAUUUCAAACUUCUCAUAAACAGAUCUUUUGCUGUUUGCAAUUUUCUGAUUGAUUUAAAUUCACCUUUGAUCAUUACUCAUAAAUACAUUUUUUUUCCUAUUCACUGAGAUAAAUCAUUGGAGUGUCCUGUGACUACACUGAAUAAGACAAAUCAAAGGUCAGCUUUUUUACAUACAUAAAAUCUAGGUCUGUCUCAAAUGCAUAAAACAGCUUCUGGUGUUAUGUUUCCUCAACACUAUGAAAAAGAUAAAGAUAUGGGCAAAAUUAAAUUAUUGCUUUCAUUACGUUUGUGUUCUUAUGAAGCUUACAUUUUUGUUUUAAAUGUUGGAUGAUGCUCUUCGUGGAUAAACUUCUGUCCAGUGGAUAAAAAAUGUAAAUCGAUUAAACUUAGACCAUAGACUACACUCUCUAUUAUGUAAGCAGUUUAAAAACCUUUAAGGGAUGUAGGGAGAACACAAAUCAAAGGCAGGUGUUGAGUGAUUAACAAUUUUUUGGGGUUCUCCUAGCAUUCCAAGGAGGUUGCUUUGUUGGAUGAACAUGAAAAGUGCAGUCUGUUGCUUUCAAACAAUAAAUUUAUAGGCUGUAGUUUUCUAUUGAUUUACUCCUACAAUUAAUGAUAUGUUUUUUGGCCACUCAGAGCUCUGGUGAAUUAUUUCAGUUCCAACAAAACUUGUUGAUAAAAGUGUUCCUCUCAUUAACAGCCUUGCCAGAACUAUGAUAAUGUGCUAAUGCUUGUUAAGCAAAUGAUGUGUACAGUGAAACUCAGUAAUACAGAGCACAAUGAUUGAUAAUCAGAAGAGAGAAAUUGUUUGGAAAUGGCUGAGGUGGGUGGGGGAGGGGGGCAGAUCAUACACGAAGCAAAGUACACAGCCCUUCAUAGUUUCUCAAAUAUCCUUUCUGUGGUUUGUUUGUAUAAGCGAUGUAUCUUGCAAUCUUGGUAGUGUCCAGUGUGUCUGUAAUCAAUUGAUGAUGAUUCGUAAGUACUAGAAAGUUUCUCAAACAAAGUCUUAUGGCUGAUGAAAUAGGCAAUGAAAAAAAAACUUCUUGAUUGAAUCUAAAACUUUCUCUUGCUCCUUCCCCCCUGCUCUAUUGUUUGUGUAAUUGCAAUAUAAGAUAUAUAUUUAUUUAUAAAAUGUUCAGAGAAAUGUGCAUGCCAUGAUUGGUGAGAACUAGUUCAUUAUAUUUCCAUAAAGCAUGCACCUUACAGGAGUGCACUUUUGAGAUAUAAUGCAUGCAGCUUAUGUCAUUAGUAUGAGCAUAUGCAAUUCACAAUACAUUUUAGAAAAGAAAAAGAAAAAUUUGUUCCUUGAGCAUUGUUGAGUUAUAUAAGCACUUGGGAAUUUUUAAGAACACACAAGAAGUGCAAGAAGCACUGGCCUUCGGCUCGUGCUUCUCAGCUCUUAAAAAUUCCUGCAUGCUUAUAUAACUCAACAAUGCACGAGGCAUGUUUUUAAUUUGUUUAAUAUAUAUAUAUAUUUAAGUGCUCUUCAGUUGACGAUAGCAAUAUUGAUGGUAUCAUUUGUUUCAUUUUUAGAUUUUGUUUGAAAUUGGCAAAAGCCUCAAAUUUAAAUUAAUUUAUUGUAUUAGUGCUGCAAGUUCUAUCAAUUACAAAUGAUACAUGUAUAGGUUUCUCUGUUAUGUUCACAAAAAUGUUUAAUUUUUCUUUUUAAAUCUCUUUAAUUAUUUGUAUCCAACAUUCCACCAACAUAUGUUGUUAUUCAAAAAUUAAUCCUGCCUAUAACAGGUUAUUUUACACUUGAAACCUUAAUUAAUCAAGUCUUAGACAAUGCCUCAUUAACUCACAAAAGGCUGUAUGAAUGUAUUUUCUUGAGGAGGUGCACAAAAUGGAAAUAUUGUGUUCUUAUAUUUUUAACAUAAAUUCUCUAUGGAGGUCUUUUAUAGAUUUUAUAGUGUUCAGUAGUCAAGCUAUUGAUUGAGUUAUUUUCUCUUAGUGUCUCAGUGCUCAGAAAUAAAUGUAGAAGAGAUCCAAAUUUAAUGAGAACAUAUUUUAUAAGGAUGGUAUAACAAUCAGAAUAAUCAUUUGGUUCAUAAUCUAAUUGCGGUAAUGUUGUCAUAGAAAAAAAACAAAGAGAAGAAAAAAGCCAUUAAUGAAUUAAUUAUCGUAUAGAACAAACACAUUGGCAUUCAAUUCUUUUCUUUUUAAUGUUUGGAAUUACCUGAAAUGGUCAAACAGACAUCUGAUUCUCCAAAGAUUUAAGAUGAUUUUUUGGUGGAAAUUCUAUGAUAUACAUCAUGUAACUAGGGGUUAAUUUUAUGUGCUAAUAGGAUCCUUUUUGGCUUUUUUCUUUUUUGUUUUGCCUCUUCUAUGGCACAAUAUGGCAAUUUGGUAUGUAGAAAGCCUUUAUGGAGUAUGGUAAUACUUAAUUCAAAGUGACACACUGGUGAAGUUACAAUGCAGAAUUUAAUUUUUUAUUUCAUUGGGUCAGGUUGCAAAAUAAACUUAAUGUUUAAUUCUUACCCUUCCAAGAAGAAGUAAGUUGUUUAAAGGGAAUCAUCAGUAUUUUGAAAUGCUGGUAGCAUGACUGAAUGGUUAGAGUUUUGUAGCUGUCAGAACUCUGAAAAAGGGCUAAUGCUCAAAACUUCAGCUGAGGCAGCUCUUUACAGAGGCCAAUGCACAUUAUCAACUCAGUUGAUAAAAUAAAAAUAUCUUGUAAUACCUCCACUGACACAACAGUUUGUUUGAAAAUGUACCCCUUUAUUCAUUUGGUCUGAUCUUUGUUUGGUUAUAAAUCAGGAUGAAAAUUUUUAGGUGAUGAUAUGCCACUCACUUUUACUUGCAAUUCAUUUCUUCUCUAUUACACUGAUUACUUAGAAUUGACCCAAACCUGUUUUUCUCUUCUUUCCAGUUGUGUAUGAAGCUGAUCUCAUAUGAUCAUGGAGUCAGCUCCUGUGACUGAGAGCUCUUAUUCCAUAUCAGCUAAUGCACAAAGUGAAUCUAGCAGUAUUGUGAAGGAACCUAAAGCACCAGAGGGAACUCUAUUACGUCAGGUUCAGGAUGCUAAAGAAAGUAUUACUGUUCUUAAAAAUCAGGUCUCUUUUGCAAACCAGUGUCUUAGUCUUCUUCGAAACCAAAUGAAGCAUGCCUCAGACACCCUGAACAUUCUUCAGGAUCAAGUUGACCUAGCCCAAAGAACUGUUAGCACUUUGACAGAAGGUAGUGCCACUGGAUUGGCAAUACCACAGCCACAGAGUGCAGCAGCUACAGCAGGAGUGAGUAGGUCUCAACCAUUGUGGGUUCCUCCCACUGUAACAUCUGAUGAACAGAAGGUGAUUGUUCAUGACAGUGAGGGGCCUAAGGUAUACACGUUGAGCAAGUCAAGUUUGUCAUUAGGGAAUCAAGGUGCCACUCCAUCAGACUGUGCAACAUCACAUGAGCAUGGCCAAGUGCCAUGUGUUAUGCAUCAAGUCCCGGUGCAUUGUCACUGCUCAACAUGUCUUUCCCGUGCAAAUGUCCAUCAUGUUCCACAGGCAUUUCAUUCCCAAUGUCAUGCCUCUCCUGCCAGAGCUAUCAUCCAAGUUGGUCCAGAUGUGCCUCCACCUCCACUUCAUGCGGUGAGCAUGUCUCCCAGUAGUGUGGUGGUAACGGAACCAACAAAUAUUUCAACAAGCCUACCUCAAUCCAGUCCUACCAGUAAAAGUGCACCGAGUCAAGAGGAGAGCAAAAACAGCUCAAGUGAGGAUGGAAGUUCUUCAAGGAAAGAGUCUGCUUCAACUUCUCCAAUGGCACACCAGUUACUUCAGGUAAUUGAUGUCUUGCAAACGGUUGAUGAUGAAGUUGGUUGCUCCCGCAGGUCUACCACACUUUCGUCCAUGUCUCGUGGUGUCCCUGUUGGUUAUGCAAUGACAGGUGAUCACCUUAACAUCCCAUAUGGAGGUGGUGCCGUCUCUUUCCACAAGUUUUCACGAAGACAUCGCAAGCAAAGCAUGAGUCCCGCUAAGGUGAUAUCCUCUGAAUCUCUGACAGCAGCAUUUCAAGAAAAGAACUCUUCAGGUAAUACCUGCUUUAAAUAUAUACGUUGAGUAAUUAUUAUUUUAACCCCUUAACUCCCAGAGGUGAUUAACAAGUAACUUCUCCCUACAAUAUCCAUGCACUAUCCAGCAAACAGGUAAUAAGAAUACUCAAAUGUACCAGGUAGAAGUUGUUAUCUAGAUCUAACACCAAAUUCUCGUAACUUAUUUACAAGGAAAUGUGCGGCAGCUAGAGGGGAGAAUUGACAAUCAGAUCUUGGGAGUUAAAGGGUUAACAAUUUCCACCUUGAUGACUAACCAAUCUCGAGCAUGGUGUUGUUACUGCAGCUGUUUUUACUGACCUGGCUGUGAUUGGUUGGUUAACUGUUACUGCCUAAUAUAUCACUAUUUAACAAAUAACGCUUCGCAAAUCAAUGUAUGAUAUCAAGCGGAUAGUGAUUUAUGUGGUGGAUAACAUUAGUUAAACUUUAAACAACUAUGCUAGAGCCGAAGUCUGCGAAGCCUAAAUACUUAAAUUUCAGAUCUCGUUGGUAAUAUGUGAUCAGAGCAACUUUAAGUUGAGUGUCAAAAGUAAUCCGGAAUUGCGUUACUUUGCUCUGUGAUUGGUUCAGAGAAUUCCCGCCACUCUCUCAACCAAUCAGAUGAAAAAAUAACGCGUAUCGCGACCUGGUCGCCCGCGUUUUCUCGCGCUUUAGGUGGUUGACCUGUUUUAACUUUGAGUCCUCAUUGGCUCUUUACGGUUUUCCUUUUUUUGAUUGGCCAGGUUUUAGUUUUACGACAGUCAAUCGAGAAGCGCCCCAUGCAGCUAUUGAAGUUUGCUUUGUUUUUCCGUCUUUCAGUAAAAACUGUGCUCAGAGAUCACUUAGAGUUGAUGAGAGUGCCUGCUCCUGUUCUGGCUGCUACCCUUGAGCCAGAGUUCCUAGUGGUUCCAUCCAGUAGCUACUCUUAUGACAGCCCACCAUCAUCAGCGACUGAUCGCCCUGAAAAAGAGGAGGACGCGAAGGAGAAAACAAAAACGUUAACCGAAAGCUUAUUGGUCGAGAGGGUCGUGUCAUCUUCAGUAACGCGCGAGGAGACUGAUACCGUGUCUUCAGCCCGGUCACAUGUACCACCCGAACAGCCAAGCGGUGCUCCAGACGGAAAAAGAGUUUUGGAUGAAUGUAGAACCGAAGGAUCGUGUAAUAUAUAUGAUGACAAAUCACAACCAAGUCGAGUUUCUAGUGAUUCUCUUGGCUACGUCUCGCUUACGUCUUUGCCGGAGAAAAACAAACAAACAGACACGCGGGUCGAUGCAAACGGCCUUUCUUCACCCAAUAGGAGAUAUACAGGAACAAGCCCCCUAAAUUCAGAUGUCGGUAUGCCGUUCAUUUCACCUAAGACUGAAGCUAUUAGUUCUGCACUGAACAAUUCGACUGAGCCUGUGUCGUUGGCAGCGGUAGUUUCCAAACUGGAGCAUACCCCUGAAAAGUCUCCAGUUUUGUCCUCAACUUGUCACAUGACGGCCUCCCAGGCCCCACCCAUGGCCGUUAUCUCUUUACCUAAUAACGCUGAAAGCUCAGUUACGCCUCAAAAAAUCACGUCUCCAACAAAAAAACCGAUCAUUCUGUCGAGACGAGCGUCACGAAGUAGCGAACAAAACAUUCCCCAGGGGCUCGUGGUACUCGUCCCUACGAUAGAGGAUGCCAAGCGUCUGAUAGCAUCCACGGGGGGUAGUUCAGACGGCCACACUCCUGUGUUAGUUCCUCAACAUAUGUUAAAUGAGAUUCACACGAAAAACGCCGUUUCCGAAGAUGAUCGGGACGUGCAACGGCAAAUACUCGGAAAGCGAAGUCGUGAUAUGGUUUCCCCUCCGUGUCCCCCCCAGCCAAAGAGAUCGGCCGUUGAUUCAGUUGUUAUCGAUUGAGAUGCGUUUUGUAAAUAUGGAUUUAUCGAGAAGAAAUAUUUAUUAAAGUGUCUUAGAGAAGU